AGUCGGUCGGCACUCACCGGACAGGAAGCGUCUCGGAGACAGUCUGCGACCGGACGGCUCUAGGUGAGGCAGAAGGCAAACGGGAGGAAGUGGAGGGUAAGUGCUUCCGGGUCUCCCAGCGACUCCUCCGCCAUCUUUCCUCCUCCUAACUUGAUCAGCUCUCUUUCUCCUUUCUGGCAACCUUCCUAUGUACGCAUGCGCAGUCGGACUGGCCUUUCCCUUAGUUCAGUCCUUCCUGCCUGGAAUCAGCAGUCCUGUUUCUUGGGUUGUUGAGGUGUAUGAACAUACCGACAAAAUGACAGUGUAAAACAAAGCGGACUGGGACGUUGUGCUCCCUUGUGCCUCGCGAGCCUCCGUUGCCUGGGGCGUUCGUUUCGCACAACCUGCUGGGACUUGUAGUCCUGAACCCGGGGGUGGCUGGGAGGCGGGAGGGGGGUUGGAGUUUCUCAGCGCCGAUUCCGCGGGAAGGGCCCAGGGGCCUCGCACUUCGAGUCGCGGCAGCUGCAGGUUUUACCGGGAGAGACGCUGCCGGUGGAGUGCGCGCCGCUGCCGUUCUCAGCCGGCUCUGGAGCGCGGGCGGGGGCGACCCGGUUGAUUCCGGAGAGGGGUUGAACUUUUGAAAUAACUUCAAUCAUGACAAAAAGAGAAGCAGAGGAGCUGAUAGAAAUUGAGAUUGAUGGGACAGAGAAACCAGAGUGCACAGAGGAAAGCAUUGUAGAACAAACCUACACCCCAGCUGAAUGCGUAAGCCAGGCCAUAGACAUCAAUGAGCCAAUAGGCAAUUUAAAGAAACUACUAGAACCAAGACUACAGUGUUCUCUGGAUGCUCAUGAAAUAUGUCUACAAGAUAUUCAGUUGGAUCCAGAACGAAGUUUAUUUGACCAAGGAGUAAAGACAGAUGGAACUGUACAGCUUAGUGUACAGGUAAUUUCUUACCAAGGAAUGGAACCAAAGCUCAACAUCCUUGAAAUUGUUAAACCUGCGGAAACAGUUGAAGUAGUUAUUGAUCCAGACGCUCACCAUGCUGAAGCAGAAGCACAUCUUGUUGAGGAAGCACAAGUGAUAACUCUUGAUGGCACAAAACACAUUACAACCAUUUCAGAUGAAACCUCAGAACAAGUGACAAGAUGGGCUGCGGCCCUGGAAGGUUACAGGAAAGAGCAAGAACGCCUUGGGAUACCCUAUGAUCCUAUACAGUGGUCUACAGACCAAGUCUUGCAUUGGGUGGUUUGGGUGAUGAAGGAAUUCAGCAUGACUGAUAUAGACCUCAGCACACUCAACAUUUCAGGACGAGAAUUAUGUAGUCUCAACCAAGAAGAUUUCUUUCAGCGGGUCCCUCGGGGAGAAAUUCUCUGGAGUCAUCUGGAGCUUCUUCGAAAAUAUGUAUUGGCAAGCCAAGAACAACAGAUGAAUGAGAUAGUUACAAUUGAUCAACCUGUCCAAAUUAUUCCAGCAUCAGUACAAUCUGCAACACCGACUACCAUUAAAGGUAUAAACAGUAGUGCAAAGGCAGCUAAAGUACAAAGAGCUCCAAGGAUUUCAGGAGAAGAUAGAAGUUCACCUGGGAACAGAACAGGAAACAAUGGCCAGAUUCAACUGUGGCAGUUUUUGCUAGAACUUCUUACUGACAAGGAUGCUCGAGACUGCAUUUCUUGGGUUGGUGAUGAAGGCGAGUUUAAGCUAAAUCAGCCUGAACUGGUUGCACAAAAAUGGGGACAACGUAAAAAUAAACCUACAAUGAACUAUGAGAAACUCAGUCGUGCAUUAAGGUAUUAUUAUGAUGGGGAUAUGAUUUGUAAAGUUCAAGGCAAGAGAUUUGUAUACAAGUUUGUCUGUGACUUGAAGACUCUUAUUGGAUACAGUGCAGCAGAGUUGAACCGUUUGGUCACAGAGUGUGAACAGAAGAAACUUGCAAAGAUGCAGCUCCAUGGAAUCGCCCAGCCAGUCACAGCAGUAGCCCUGGCUGCAGCUUCUCUGCAAGCAGAAAAGGAUAACUGAGCCCAGGACUGCUGGGAUUUCCAGGUCUUUUCUUAAAUAUGAGAGCGAGUAUUGCUCUUACCUUUAUUACUGAAUUUGAAUCUUUUAUUUCUAGACUGUACAAUCUGAUGCAUGAUUUUUUUUAUAAAUAUUUCAUACUCUUGUGAAUUCGGAUCUUUUUACUUUGAGCAUAUAUUUUAGGAUAUGUGUAUGUUAAAGGAUCACCACAAUGGCUUCAGUGUGAAGGCAGGUUCAUUGUGGGAUAGUUUGUUGACGGUCAGGAAAGCUAAACUGGUCAGUAUUAAUGUCUAGCCCUACCAAAAAUAGCCAGUAGCAUCUGAGGAUGAAAAAUAAAUGAAGUCUCUUCAGGAAACAGUCUGGCUUAACUAUUUUUGAAAACAACUGUUUCCCUUCUCUGCUGCUUUAGAUGUUGCUUUACAUAGAACCAGAAAAUGGAGUUUUAACAGCUAAAGCAUGUGUGCCUGUUUCAUCUAAUCAAGCAGAGCUAAAAUGUCAUAUCAAAUAAAAGUAUAAUAUUAACAAAUUACUGAACUAAUAGUAUCGAGUUAUUAAAGUAAUUUAUAUAUUUGCAAGCAAAGAACGUGCGUUGACUGGCAGAAGAGCAGUGCCGAAGAGGGAGAUCCAGGUGUCAGUCCGGCUUAGCUCGGCCAGUCUUGAGGAUUUUCUCUAUAGAUUAUUCAUGUCCGGCCAAGAAUUUAAACUAUUUUAAGAGAGACAGUUAAUUCUAAUAAACCAACUAUUAACAAAUAUUUUGAAAUGAUCUCUGUUUUUCCUGUCAGAGAUUUAAAUUGAGAAGGUAUACCUCAGCCAGAAAAUUGGUUCGGUUUGGUUUGGCUUCUCUCUCUUUCUAGCUCUCUCUUUUUAAUUACCCUUUAGUGCUGGAUUAUUAUGCAAAGCAGCUUAUAUAGUCACUGCUUUCUGAUGAAAUGAAGACUUUAAAUCAGUCAGCAGUACUUUACCUUUCAAGACAUUAGUAAAUUACUUACAAAUAGUUUAAAAAGGAAAUUUUGACCUCCAGUACAGGCAGUCUUCUCUUAAAAAUUCCCAUUUAUUUAAUGUUUUCCUUUUGAAUAUUUAUAUGUGUGAGUAUGCAGAUAUCUAUAUACAUGUCCAUUUAACCAUUUCCUAUAAAUACAGAUACACAUAUAUAUGAAGACAUAAUAUUCAAAAGGAAAGAUAAUUUCAAAAGGUAAUAACUCAUUUUUUUUAAAUCUUAAAAAAAUUAAAUAAUUCUUAUAUAUAGGAUACUCUACUUUGCCACAAGCUAACACUAAACGGAAGUACUAGAAAUAUGUAUCUUUUUUGCUUGCUUGCUCAUUCACUUUCCUUUCUUUU